CCGGGCCGGCGGGGCAUGGCGGGCGGCGGGGCGGUCUGGGUGCUGCCCGCGCUGCUGCUGGCGGCGGGCGCGCUGGGCAAGCCUACGGUGCGGCAGGAGCGGGCCCGGCCCGGAGCCGCGCAGCACGAGGACCGGCCCGGCUUCCAGUACGACCACGAGGCCUUCCUGGGCAAGGAGGAGGCGCGGAGCUUCGACCAGCUCAGCCCGGAGGAGAGCCGCGAGCGCCUGGGGAAGAUUGUGGAUAGAAUAGAUGACAACAAAGAUGGCUAUAUCACAACAGAGGAAUUAAAAACCUGGAUUAAACGAGUACAGAAACGCUACAUCUAUGAAAACGUGGCUAAAGUUUGGAAAGACUAUGAUCUAAACAAGGAUGAUAAAAUUGCCUGGGAAGAAUACAAACAAGCCACAUAUGGUUAUUAUCUAGAAAAUCCAGAGGAAUUCCAAGAUGCAACUGAUCAGCACAGUUUUAAGAAAAUGCUGCCCAGAGAUGAAAGACGAUUCAAAACUGCAGAUCUGGAUGGAGACUUGGCUGCCACUCGUGAAGAAUUCACUGCUUUCCUUCACCCAGAGGAGUUUGAGCACAUGAAAAACAUCGUUGUCUUAGAAACCUUAGAAGACAUAGACAAAAAUGAGGAUGGUUUUGUGGAUCAAGAUGAAUACAUUGCUGAUAUGUUUGCAAAUGAAGAGGGUGGACCGGAGCCUGACUGGGUGAUUACAGAGCGUGAGCAGUUUUCAGAUUUUCGUGAUCUCAACAAGGAUGGAAAGAUGGACAAAGAUGAGAUCCAGCACUGGAUCCUCCCCCAAGACUAUGAUCAUGCACUAGCUGAAGCCAGGCACUUAGUCUACGAAUCUGAUGUAGACAAGGAUCAAAAACUAACAAAAGAGGAGGUUCUGGACAACUGGAAUAUGUUCGUUGGAAGUCAAGCUACUAAUUAUGGGGAGGACCUCACAAGAAACCAUGAUGAACUAUGAUACACUGUACCAACCAGCAUGCCACAUGUCUUUUCUCCACUUUACUGAAAUCAGUGUCCAUCCCCUCUUAGAGGACGAUGGGCAAGGGACACUCACAACUGAAUGACCUGCGUUAAUAUUAUUUUUAACAUGCCAGGUUAUUACCUCAGAAACUGCAUAGAAAUAGCUUUUUUACUCUUUUCACGUGGUUAAAUACAGUAUAUAAUUACUACAGUUUUGUUUUUGAAAAAGUAAGAAGGUAACUUUUCUGUAUAGGUUAGAGCCUGACACAGAAAAGGCACUUCUGAAAACAUAAUUGCAAAAAUAUUUAAUAGCCAAGUAUUUUCUUCAAAUACCCAGUUUUACCAUGGUGAAAUGCACCUAGGAUUAGAAACCUAAUGUUUAAACAGACUUAAGUUAUUUAGUUGUCUUUUCUAAUAGCAUGUAACAGUUUAGAGUUAACCCUUUGAGCCUCCUAUCCAGAGAAGAGUUCAAUACCAGCUUUGUCUCCACACAAUUUCUGUGUCCCAGUUUGGGUCAGUGGUGCUGCAGGAGUGUCCAGCAGCCCCCUGGCUCCUGCUUUCCAAGUGCAAGGUGGUCCUUGUCCCUGGCCCCAUGACAGUGCAGAGAUAGCACUGGAGCCCAGCUCCAGCCUUGCCAGCCAGGGAUGCAGAGUCCAGCGUGGCAGCUGCUCCUUCUGACAACAGGGUAAGGUCCAACUCUUUGUGGGCCCUCAGGUUUGCUGUUUCCUGGGAGGAGUUGUGCCACAUGGAGCAUAAUUUAUCUCCCGCUUUUCACACUUUACCCGAGCCAUGCUCUUGUUCACACAGUGUGAAUGGCAGCAGUUCUGUGAUGGAGAAAGAAUGAGACAUAUCACCCCUCUGGGCCUUCUGUCUCCUCUGCCACAUAAGAGGACAGAUUUUUGUGGCUGAAGUUCUGGGUUUGUGUGUAUAUAUGUUUUAAGUACAUGUUACUGAUGCAACUCUAAAGACAGCUCUCCUUCUAAAAAAGGGGGGGGAAGCUUUCCACACAGGUGCUUUCUUUUUUACUGUAUAAUGUGAGUUGUUACAUGUAUAUUUUUAUAUACCCAACUUAUCUAAGUUUGGUUGUUUGUAAAUGUACUGGUUUUAAAAUAAGCACAAUAAAACCAAUACCUUUUUGAUACUGUGAA